UUGGUUGAUACUGUGUUAAAUAUAUACCACAGCUUUUAAUUAAUUAUACAGUAAUACAUUGGACACAUCACAUGUGAAUAUCACAAAUAUCACAGUUUUUUCAAUGACAAACCGUACACAUCUUUUGAUAUCAUAGUUUUUAAUUCACUACUUCAGUACAGAGUGAUAGAUUGAACACAUCACCUCAAGUGAUGUAAGUUGUCAAACUGUCAAUGUAAACAUGGUCGUCGAGAUUCAAAUUUAUAAAACAGGAAAAUCAUUUUAAUUUACUUGGAUAUUUUCCCAUAAGGACAGUCAUGAGGACCAAUUGUUUGCUGCCCAUCAACUGCUCCUGUCAUUUACAAGUAAUACACUGAAGAGAGCAAUGACAUCUCUGGUAAACUUAAUUAAUAUUUAAAUCACAAAGUGUAUUGGAUAUAGUGACCAGGGAUUUUCUUAUUAAAGGUUAAGCGUCACAACUAACAAAAUGAGAACCAGUCUGUUUCUGAUAGUGUGUAUCCUGGGCAUGGUUUACAGUCUCGAGCACGAACAUCAUAAUAACAGCAUGAUGGUUGAUUAUCUCGUGCACAUUAAUACAACAUAUCCAGACAUUACCAACCUCUACAGUAUUGGCAAGACUGUUAAUGGAGCGGACUUGUGGGUUUUGGCAAUUGGAAAGAAUCUAAGCAACAAUGUACAGCUCCAACCCCAUGUUAAAUAUGUUGGUAACAUGCAUGGAAAUGAGGUUGUAAGUAGGGAGCUUCUUUUACAUCUUAUUGACCUUUAUGUGACCUCUUACGGAAGUAAUUCAACCUUGACCUCAUUCCUGGAUACAACAGUGGUUCAUAUAAUGCCCUCAAUGAACCCUGAUGGAUAUGGAGAGUCUGUGGAGGGUCAGUGUACAGGGGCCGUUGGCAGACAAAAUGCAAACAAUGUUGACCUUAAUCGAAAUUUCCCGGACAGUUGGCAUGACAGAAGUCAAGGUGAUAUUCAACCUGAAACCCAAGCUAUCAUGGACUGGUUGCCAAAAUAUAACUUUGUGCUUUCAGCUAACCUUCAUGGUGGAGCAUUAGUAGCCAACUAUCCCUAUGAUCAGUACCUUAACAGUAGCUGGGUUUACGGAUCUGGGGAGUCACCAUGCCCAGACGAGGACACAUUUAAACAUAUCAGUCUCGUAUAUUCAAGAUCCCAUCAUACAAUGGCUGCUACAAAUGGUGCAGAAUGUCCCGGUGACAACUUUGCAGACGGAAUUACAAAUGGGGCAGACUGGUACCCUGUUGCAGGAGGAAUGCAGGACUAUAAUUAUCUUAUGGAAGGAAUAUUUGAAAUAACACUAGAAGUUUCAUGCUGUAAGUUCCCAAAUGGUUCUGACCUUGCACAAUUCUGGACACAAAAUAAAGAUGCCCUGGUCAACUACCUCAUGGAAGUCAACAAAGGAGUUAAAGGUGUGUUAGUUGACGAGAACAACAAUGCUAUUGUGGGUGCAAAAUUGACAAUUCAAGGGAGAGAAUCUGUCCCAUUUCAUACCAAAGCUAAUGGAGAGUACUUCAGACUACUGAUGCCAGGAAGUUACACAAUUGAUGUGACAUAUAAUAAUGCAACAACAUCUGAGACAUUCACAGUAGUCCAGGAUGCAGUGACAAGGAAAGACAUAACUUUAAACUUGAACCUAAGUUCCUCCUCUCACUGUGUCACUUUCAACUGUUAUAUGAUUACAUUCCUUUUGUCUUUCUUGUUUGUAUCAAAAAGCUUAAUUGGGACCAAUUAACACAAUUUUGAUGCAGC